AUCCAAAAGUAAUCACUUCCCAUGUUGUGUAGUCUCCAGUUGUUUCAAUCCGUCCAUUUUGGUGGAAUUUACAGUUUGAGAUUGCGGAGACUUGGCAUUGUUGGCGGUGGAGUUCAUCUGAGAUCGUUAAGUGAAGAAAACAAUGAUCUGGGUGGCAACCAAGGUGAGGUUUUAGGCCUGGAUUUGGAGUCUCUGAAGAUUUUGUUGAAGCGGGGAGUCUUUAUUGGGGCAAUGCUUUAUUGUCUUUUGGUUUUCGUGUGCAAGAGAGUGCUCGCGAUGGAGGGAGUGGUGAAUGCGGGUUCAUGCAGCAGUACUACUGUUGUCUUGUUUGGUUUAGAGGAUGAUGCUGGUUUCUUAUAUGUUCAUGUGCUUCGUAAGCUGGCUGAAAAAGAGUCUGAAGAUGGUGUAUUUCGAAUGCUUCACAGUGAUAUGGUAACCUUAGAAGAUGUGGUUGAGGAGAUUAUUGGAGAAAUCUUUGAUGAAAAUGAUUCAAAGAAGGAGAUCCAGAAGAAAAUUGGCUAUAUUGUAAUGAGAGUAGAGGGAGUAUAUGAUGUUGAUGCCAAUACAUCUAUUUAUUUGCCAUUUGAGGACUUGAAUAUCAAAAUGCCAGAGGAACAUCAGUAUGAGACAGUAUCUGGUUUUUUAUGCGAAGGAUUUGGAUACGUCCCUAGAGCUUGUGAGAGCAUCAUAGUUGUCCUCAAAAGGGAUAAUCAAGAUGAUGAUGAUGAUAAGCACGAUGAAGAUGGAUCCAAUCAUCGAGAUGUGAAGGCAUCAAAUAUAUAGACUUGAGGUAGGGUAAAAGUCCAACCCAGAGUCCCCAACGUUCAGCCUCUUCCCGCACAUCUCCGCCAGUGUAGUCUUAUGCCGGAUUUCAUCGGAGUUACUUGCUACGCCCUCAGACAGUCUUUCCGGAAACUGGUAGUAAGGGAUUUUCUU